AUGACAAAAUACACCGUUAGCUACGGAUUAAUACCGCCACAGAGUGCUAACAUCAAUGAAUCACACAUCUUACCCAUCACAAAGAUAAUACAGUCCCGAGAAAAUCCAGAUUUGGUUUUAACGUGCGGCCGAGACGGAACAGUGAUCAGGCAUUUUCAGAAUAAUGGAGAAUGGCAGAGGUUGAGGAUGCAGACUAAUAGUGACUGGGUGAGUGAUAUGGUUGAGCUAGACAGUGGCAGAUUUGUUGUGGUGAGCCACGAUUUUUUUGUUUGUCUUUUGACGCUGAAUUCCAAAGGCAAUGCCUGGAGCAGCCGAAUGCUGGGGUAUCACGACGAUUACGUGAAAAAAGUGGUCACACUGGGUAAAACUGAAUCGGGCGAUUGGAGGUUUGCGACAUGCGGUUUGGAUAUGAAGAUCAAGGUGUGGACCUUACGGGACAACGGCGCGUCAGAUUUAGUACGCACUAUCAACAAUGCUCAGGCUGAACAAACGGGGUCUUUAUAUGCGCUUGUUUCAGUCGGAAGUGCAGGUCUACCUUUUGACAUGGUUGCCGGUGAUAACAAUGGAAACCUGGUAUUAUGUUCAAGCGAAACCGGCGAAAAAUAUGCGACUAUAUCUUCAGCUCACAGCACAAACAUCAAGUUGCUUCACUCAUUGGACAACGGAAACAGAAUACUCAGCUCAAGUUCCGAUGGAAUGCUAAAACUAUGGAAUGUGGCGAAGCUGCACGUAAAUGAGGGGUCGGACGCACUGAUACAUUCGUGGAAAUGGCCUUCGCCUGUGUGGUGUAUUCAAGGCGAGACUUCUAGUCAAUUACUCUUAGGGGACUCUAGAGGUAGCAUCACCCAACUUACUAUUCAAGGAUCGAGGUGGGAUUCUCCCAUACUGAAGGUUGUCGUCGCGUCUCCCCAAGCGGAAACCAAAGGAACUUUGGCCAUGCUCGACCGAGGCCUGGAGGGUCUUUGGUAUUCUUUUUCAGGAGACUCUAACCUGCAUGUUCACAACACAAACACUGGAGCCAUACGUACCCUUGAAGGUGGUUUCGCUCUGGUUAAAAGCUGCCUACUGAUGAACAGGCGCCAAGUCAUAACGCAAAAUACGAGAGGGAUCAUUCAGAGGUGGGACGUUAUUUCCUGUGAGCUGCUCGACACAUUCGAUCCGUCGGAGGGUGAUUUUGAUCAUUUAGUGGAGACUCACAACACUAGAGAGAUACUUCCCCAUUGGUGUUCGGUGUCUAUUAAGACCGGGAAAGUUUUUGUACAGUUCUCUCCAAAAUUCCUAACUACAGAGGUAUAUGGAAGUGCUCUAGAACAUUACAGGAUUGUCAAUGAUAUCAAUAUUGAAAUUGACGACCGUUAUAACCUUGGAAGAAUUGCCGUGAAUUCCAUUUUCAACGAAUUUAUAUCAUACGUGAGCGGCAAAGACCGUACAUUCAGAAAAGAUCUAAUAGCAAGAAAGAGUUCUGUCCCUAGCUCUCCAUAUCAAGGCCCACACGACCCAUCGCAGGUUGACCUGACAAGGCCUUCUAUGAAAGAUAAAAGAAAACUUUCUUUAUUCACAAAAUUGUCCAUGGGAAAUAACCGAUCGUCGGGGACGCCCACAUCGAUGCCAAGCACCCCUGUUGCGUCCGAGCGCUCGGCCUUACCAAUCGAGGACAGCUUCGCAUUACCUCCUUCAGUGGCUUCGCCACUGGAGUCAGCUUCCAGCGAGAAACCUUUUCUUUCCAAGAGAUCUGCGAGCGCCGGUUCGCUUCUAACCCAAAAGUUCAAGUUCCUGUCAACCGAUGGUGGUGCCCUGGAGCCGAGCUUGAGUAAUGUAGAGCAUUCGGAUGCGGAAGCGGAAGCGGCUCACGUUGAGAAAACUCCACCUUCGUCGAGUGAAGACAAGGACGCGAAAUUGAAUUCUUCAUUUAUAACCAGCCUCGAUAAUAGUGAAGUGCAAGACGUACAGAAGACAGGCAAUACUGAGCCUGGACAAGCAAACAUAGAAAGGAAAAAGGAGCACUUGGCUGAUUACGUUGCAGAGCUUCGGGAUGAGUACCUCAAGGAGUUUGAUUUGAGCUCAUCGUCGUUCAAGAUCUUAGGCCGUAAGCCCCCUGUUUCAAAGAUCACACGAGAAGAAGAAUCACCUAUCAUUGAAAUCAAAGCCGGUGUGCUUAUUUUGGUGAAUUGCUGGAAGGAGGGGUCUUGUGGGGAUACAGUAAGUUUUUCAACUUAUCUGCCGGCUCCUCAAUAUGGCGACAAUGCCAAGUCCGGUAACAUACAUAUCUUUGAAAAUUUGGAGCGCAAUUUACCAUACUGGAUGGCCAAGGCACUGCUCAAGGAUGAGAAAGGUGCUAAAGAAUAUCCAAAAUUGACGUUCAUACUGAAGCCUUGGCAAGCUCCAGACACCCCGCAAAACUCAGAAUCCAGCCUAAACUCACAGCAGUCUCAGACCGCUGCAGGUCAAGGUCAACACCAUCAACAUCACCAUAAUCACCAUCACUUGCCCUUCCAUCGAAACAAACACACCGACCGUGGCCAUGAUCAAACUAUCAAACCGCUGCCUUCUGUUCCCGAAUCGCAUACAAAACUACAUGCUGCCAGCAUGAUUAAAGUUAAAAAGAUUUUGAAUUACGUGGUAGAUCGAUUCGAUACCAAGACUGCCGAGAUGAAAGCAAGGACGCCGCCAAGCGAAUGGCUUGAAAUUUUGUGUAAGAACCAACUUCUUGAUAACGAAAUGGCGCUCAGCAGCGUCAAGACCUUAUACUGGAAGUCUCAGGGCGAUAUUAUACUGGAGUAUCGCAGAAAGCUGAAUCGUGGUACCGUGCUAAAUGAAACCUAG